CCAAAUCAAAGAUGAAUAUUCAUUGCGUUGUUCUUGUUCUGGUGUGUGCGGCAUGUUUUGUGCAGACGAGACUGAUCCUAGGAAAGAGAGCACGUAGCGACAAUCUCGUCUCGCAUAAAGUGGGUGACAUAAAUGCGUUCUUAUUGGAAACUGGUACAGUAGCCUGCCCUACCGGUCCUGGAUUCUCUUGUGAAAUGAACGAUAACUGCUACCAAUCGAUGAGAGAGCUUUGCAACGAUGUGUCUAUUUGUAUGGACGAAGAUAUGUGCUCAGCCGUACCACCUGAAUUCCAGGAAGUAUGCCAAUCGGCUAGUGAUAUGACUCGUGUAAUGGUAUGUCAGGCAGCUGAUAUGAUCGACUGGGUUGACACCCGUGGUCUAUAUCCUCAUUUUGUGGAUUCCAACCCAGAGACAGACCUGGCUGUGUUUGGUGCUGUGUGGGCAAUGGGAUUUAAAUUUUGUGAUGAUGGUCGUUUGAAGUGUCCUGAUGAUAAUUGUAUGAGCCACGCUGAAAUGUGUGACAAUGGCAUUGACUGCAGUUGUGGUGGUAUGAAGGGUUUGAUUGAUAUGAUGGUUCAAGAAACAAAAAUGGCACUGGAAUUCAACACAGGUGGAAUAGUAGAACGUUCUUUGCCACAACCAGUACAGAAGAUAAGACGAUUUCUAAAGACCAUCACUAAGUAGUCGAUAAGUGGUGAAUGUAGCAACUAGUAACGUUAAUAGUAGCAGCUUACAGAUAGUUACGAAUACAUUAAAGUACAGUGACAUUUAAAAGUACCCUCUUCACAAUUUGUCUGGAAUAUAGAGUAACUGUUGAUUUGGUAUGUAAUUAUGCAGAAUAAAGAUGGUGUAUUCAAUGAAA